UGUAAAGCACCUAACAGAAAAUAGAAAUUUAAUAAAUGAUAGCUAUUUUAAGUAAUUUUUCCACAAUAUAUAACAGAGACAUUGAGCCUGUCAAGUUAAUCUUUGUCUUAUAGUAACAGCCGAGUACAAAUAUCCUUUAAGAGGAAUGUAACUUUUGACUUUGAAGUGUGAAUCUUAUUUGCUUUGAAUCCAUCAUAAUGUGGAAAAUACAGACUGUUUAAGCAGCUAGAACGUAGCAUUUUUUGGAUCUUCAUUUUGGAUUUGAACUUCACACAGGCCUAUUCUUUUAGGGCCACAGACUGAACUCCCACCCGCCUCACAACCAUCUUACAAAUAGGUGCCAUUACUCACAAAUGGGAUCAAAUGAGAAAAUAAUUCAAUACAGCUCAUACAGCAAUUACUUUGUAUAUGAGAAAAAAAAUCAAGGUUUGAAUAUCUUACUGAUGGCUUAACUUUAUCUUCAUAUUCAAAGCUAAGAUGUUUACUUAGUAAAGACCCAAAUGUAAAAGCAGUACUAAGCAAUAUCUAAAAUCUUUUUUUUUUUUUCUUUGAGACGGAGUUUCGCAGGCUGGAGUGCAGUGGUGCAAUCUCAGCUCACCGCAACCCCCACCUCCCAGGUUCAAGCGAUUCUCCUGCCUCAGGCUCCAGAGUAGCAGAUGACAGGCAUGCGCCACCAAGCCCAGCUAAUUUUGUAUUUUUAGUAAAGAUGGGGUUUCUCCAUGUUGGUCAGGCUGGUCUUGAACUCCCGACUUCAGGUGACCCGCCUGCCUCAGCCUCCCAAAGUGCUGGGAUGACAGGCGUGAGCCACCGUGUCCGGCCAUAGAAUUGUUUUUGUAAGUUUCUACAAAUAGCACUGUUUUCAUAGUAACUUCUUUGCCUAUGAACAUUGGAUAACUGUUCGUGCUGAAGACUCAAUGGUGUCUACCUAAAGAACAGCGUAGAAGUACAGUGUUUCUUGCCCACCCCCGGGUCUUAUUUCUGAAAUGGCUGCUAACACCUCAAACUGGUAGAUCUGGGAAAUUCAAGGAUACCAGUACAGGCAUGUUUUUCUUUCCUUGCCAAAAACUUUAGUUGUUUUGGGCUUGCCUCUCUGUGUCCUCUACCUGGAGAGAGGCCGGGUGGGAUGGAUCUUCCGAAGGAAUGUUAAUCAAGUUUCUUGCCUACUAACCUUGAUGUUCCUGUUGUGUUGGUAUGUUGCAAUCAAUCUAGAUCUGUUCAAGUUAGUAAAUGCUUACUGGGGUGAAGAGAUUGUUGUGGUUUGUGACAAGGCCGAAUUCAGGUUUUGGACCCCAGGCAAUCACAUGGCAUUCGGAUUUAUUCAUGUGUUCUUUGUUCUAUUUUAAGAACAUAUCAGUGAUCUAGAGUUUUGAUAUCACACAUACAGAUAGCUAGGGCUGUUUGGAGUUGUGGUUCCAGGAAUGUCCCAUGUAAUUUGAAGGGUUUAAUGACUACUUACUAUGUUUUGAAGUAUUGCAUGAUAUAAAGUGAAUCUAUAAACGGUCCCCUUUAUUAAUAUAUAAUAUGGGAAUAUUUUUGGCUAGAAAGGAAUUGAACUGAAUUAAAUGAGAAUGUGUUAAAUGAAGGCUUGUGUUCAGUAUUUAGAUAUGAAAACUCUUGUUUCCUGGAAAAGGUGUUUCUGUCUUACUGCUGCGUACCUAGUGCCUGGAUCACUACCUGGCAUGUGGAGCACCUCUUAGUGAAUAUCUGUUGAAUGAAUGAAUGAAUGAAUGGCUCUGAGUCUAGCUGUAGGGUAAUGAUGAGAGAGAAUGAGAUAGAAAUAAAACCAGGAGUAUUUUGCUUUCCUUAGUAACUUACUGAUUUUCCGCAAUUAUAAAUAAGCAUAUAUAUAUGCCUUCUUACAUUGUACCAGUAUACCCUCCUUCUUUAUUUUGAGACAGCGUAGAGUGCAGUGGUAUGAUCUCGGCUCACUGCAGCCUCUGCCUCCUGGCCUCACGUGAUUCUCCCACCUCAGUCUCCCAAGUAGCUAGGACCACAUGUGCGCGCCACCAUACCUUGCUAAUUUUUGUUUUUGUAGAGAUGGAGUUUUGCCAUGUUGCCCAGGCUGGUUUCAAACUCCUGAGCUCAAGCCAUUCACCUGCCUCAGCCUCCCAAAGUGCUAGGAUUACAGGCACAUGCCACCACAUCUGACUAAUUUUUGUAUUUUUAGUAGAGAUGAGGUUUCACCAUGUUGGCCAGGCUGGUCUCGAACUCCUGACCUCAGGUGAUCUGCCCGCCUUGGCCUCCCAAAGUGCUGGUAUUAUAGGCAUGAGCCACCGCGCCCAGCCAUCCUCCGCCUCUUCGUAACAAUAUGAAAAUGCCAGUUUCUCUACAGAAUUUGAUUAUUAGCAUUUUUUUUCUUUCAGUUCAGUCUCAAAUUAUGAUGAAGCAUUUGAGAUUUUAAAAAUAUUCAAGGAGAAUUUUUUUAGUUUUCAGAAAUUAGGUAAAUCAAGAUGUCCCUCUGAUAACAAUCCCUAGAAAGGAAUAGUCUCAGGUCAUAUUUCUUGAAUUUGUAUGUUCCUCCUUAAAAUUGGAACCCUUCAAUACAAAAACAAACAAACAAACACUUUCUUUCAAUUGUCCAAAACAUUUUCAGAGAAAAUUCUUAUUCUUCUCUUUGUAAUUUAUGUAGUUCAUAAAGCAAGUACCUGACCUUUUGCUACCAAGGUAUAAAUGCCUCAUUGGAUAAUAUAGGGCCGUGUGUGUGUGUGGGUGUGUGUGUAUUAAGAAAAUAUAAUUGUCUUCAGUAUGUUAUUGAAUGGGAGGAUUUUAAAAAUAUAACAUGGUUUAAUCUUCUGCUUAGAAACGUAUUUCAUGCUUAAGGCUGGGCGCGGUGGCUCACGCCUGUAAUCCCAGCACUUUGGGAGGCUGAGGUGGGAGGAUCAUGAGGUCAGAAGUUCAAGAGCAGCCUGGCCAAGAUGGUGAAACCCCGUCUCUUCUAAAAAUACAAAAAUUAGCUGGGCGUUAUGGUGGGUGCCUGUAAUCCCAGCUACUCGGGAGGCUGAGGCAGAGAAUUGCUUGAACCCGGGAGCUGAGAUCACGCCACUGCACUCCAGCCUGGGCUACAGAGCAAGACUCUGUCUCAAAAAAAAAAAAAAGAAAAAAGAAAAAAAAAGAAACAUAUUUUAUGCUUAAUACAGAAACUUGGUAAAUACAACAAAAUCAAAAAGGGGGGAAAUUACCAUUAAUUGGGAAAGAUUUUACUUUUUUAACUUCAAGGUUUUUUUUGCAUUUCUGCCUAACCUGAAAGGUCAGGUCUUUGUACCUUGGAGAAGGAAAUUAUAAAUGCCCAAGAAUAAGAUAUUUAAAUUGAAAAUCUGCUUUAGCUUUUCUUUUUAUCUUUUUUUUUUUUUCCUUCUGAGAGCCUAAAUUUUUUAUGCUUUAGCUUUUCUUAAAACAUAACAUUUAGUAUAGUAAAGAAUUUUAAUAGCUAUGUAGAUAAAAAUGAAAGAGGUGAAUUAUAUGCUUGUUAAAUUAAUCUAACUGCCUCUUUUACCAUCCUUACUAUAGAUUAUUAUCCGGUAUUAAUUGUCAUCCUUUUAUUCAGUCCUUGAUCCCAAAGUAAGAAGAAUUGAUGAGGAUAUGUGCAUUGUGUUAUGUCUGAUCACAGUUUGACUAGCACAGUCUGGAAGUGGGUUGUACAGGAUGAGAGAGAGAAGCCUAAUUGCUCUCCCAGCAUCAGCAGCAUCUAUAAAGCAUCCUGGGAAUUGCUUGCCCUACGUUCAGAGCAGCUGGUCACAUGAGCCUGAAUUUUCAGUUCAGUUCAUUAGUCAGCCAUUUUGGUCAACACCCUGCUUACUGCGCACGGCCAAUCCUAUGAGAACUCAGCAUCCCAGCUCAUCUGAGCAGAUCCUGGAAGUGAUUUCUGCAGCUCAGGAUUUUUUUUUUAAGCUACAUUGAAAAUAUAGGUUUAUUUUUUGUUCAGGUUUUUCUUUUAUAUUUUUUUUCUGCACAAAGGAGGAGGAUUUUUCACUUAUUCGUAUCGAGGCCAGAUUUUUAAAGCCAGCUAAGGCAGCAUCGGCUGUGCAGGAUUUAAAGCCUAUAGCUCAGCUGAAAAAAAAGGUGGGGGGCAGGGAAGGGAAGAUAAAAGGAGAGGAAGCUGGGAGAAGGCAAGCAUCAUCUUAUUUUGCUAUGUGGUAGGAACUGUCUAUAAGAUAGUGUAGAAUUGUUUAUCUUGAGCAGUUUGUUCUUAACCUAUAAGGUAUUUUUCCUUUUUUUUUAAACCUCCCCCACCCUUUUCCUGAAAGCUUUGUUUCAGAGCUUUGUAUUGGGUUUUUUUGGUGAGGAGGUUGUAUUUAUUUUUGUGGUGUGUGUGUGUGUGUGUGUGUGUGUGUCUCUGUGUGUGUGUUGUGGUCCCAGCUGAGUCAUCAUGUCUGCUCUGACGCCUCCGACCGAUAUGCCAACCCCCACCACUGACAAGAUCACACAGGCUGCCAUGGAGACCAUCUACCUUUGCAAAUUCCGAGUGUCCAUGGAUGGAGAAUGGCUCUGCCUGCGAGAGCUGGAUGACAUCUCACUUACACCUGACCCAGAGCCUACCCAUGAAGAUCCUAAUUAUCUCAUGGCUAAUGAACGCAUGAACCUCAUGAACAUGGCCAAGCUGAGUAUCAAGGGCUUGAUUGAAUCAGCUCUGAACCUGGGGAGGACUCUUGACUCUGACUAUGCACCUCUCCAGCAAUUCUUUGUGGUGAUGGAGCACUGUCUGAAACAUGGCUUGAAAGCUAAAAAAACUUUUCUUGGACAAAAUAAAUCCUUCUGGGGGCCUCUAGAACUGGUAGAAAAGCUUGUUCCAGAAGCCGCAGAGAUAACAGCAAGUGUUAAAGAUCUUCCAGGACUUAAGACACCAGUAGGUAGAGGAAGAGCCUGGCUUCGUUUGGCAUUAAUGCAAAAGAAACUUUCAGAAUAUAUGAAAGCUUUGAUCAAUAAGAAAGAACUUCUCAGUGAAUUCUACGAACCCAAUGCCCUCAUGAUGGAAGAAGAAGGAGCCAUAAUUGCUGGUCUGUUGGUGGGUCUGAAUGUCAUUGAUGCCAAUUUCUGUAUGAAAGGAGAAGACUUGGACUCUCAGGUUGGAGUUAUAGAUUUUUCAAUGUAUCUCAAGGACGGGAACAGCAGUAAAGGUACUGAAGGAGACGGCCAGAUUACUGCAAUUCUGGACCAGAAGAACUAUGUAGAAGAACUGAACAGACAUUUGAAUGCUACUGUAAACAACCUUCAGGCAAAAGUAGAUGCAUUAGAAAAAUCCAACACUAAACUGACAGAGGAGCUUGCAGUUGCAAACAACAGGAUCAUUACCUUACAAGAAGAAAUGGAACGAGUUAAAGAGGAAAGUUCAUACAUACUGGAAUCCAAUCGGAAGGGUCCCAAGCAAGACAGAACUGCAGAAGGGCAAGCACUAAGUGAAGCAAGAAAGCAUUUAAAAGAAGAGACACAAUUACGAUUGGAUGUUGAGAAAGAACUGGAGAUGCAGAUCAGCAUGAGGCAGGAGAUGGAAUUGGCUAUGAAGAUGCUGGAGAAGGAUGUCUGUGAGAAGCAGGAUGCCCUGGUAUCUCUUCGGCAGCAGCUGGAUGACCUCAGAGCUCUCAAGCAUGAACUUGCCUUUAAGCUGCAGAGUUCAGACUUAGGAGUAAAACAGAAAAGUGAACUAAACAGUCGCUUGGAAGAGAAGACUAAUCAGAUGGCUGCUACCAUUAAACAACUUGAACAAAGAUUGCGCCAGGCUGAGCGAAGCCGCCAGUCUGCUGAGUUGGACAACCGGCUCUUCAAACAGGACUUUGGAGACAAGAUCAACAGUCUGCAGCUGGAAGUCGAGGAGCUCACCAGGCAGCGGAACCAGCUUGAGUUAGAACUAAAACAGGAAAAAGAAAGAAGAUUACAAAACGACAGGAGCAUCCCAGGAAGGGGUUCCCAGAAGUCAGAAUCCAAGAUGGAUGGGAAGCACAAAAUGCAAGAGGAAAAGGUUAAACUAAAAAAGCCCCUGGAAGAAAGCCACAGGCUGCAACCCCACCCUAUGGAUGAACAGGAUCAGCUGCUGCUCUCUGAAAAGCCACAGGUGUGUCAGCUAUGCCAGGAAGAUGGCAGCCUAACAAAGAAUGUGUGUAAGAACUGCAGAGGAACCUUCUGUGAUGCCUGUUCAACAAAUGAACUGCCUCUUCCUUCAAGUAUCAAGCUUGAGCGAGUUUGCAAUCCCUGUCACAAGCAUCUGAUGAAGCAAUAUUUUACCAGCCCAUCAUAAGACUGGAGGCCAAGACCUAGACCAAAACGUUUACGCAGGCUCCUCUGUACCUGUGUUUUAGCUGUCAGGAUCUCAUAGAGCCCAGUUCUUAGAGUCAACUAAAGAGUUGAUAGGAAUUUACUAGGUCCAGGGAGAAAAGGCAGUGGUUGGGGUUACUGGAUAUUUUGCUCAUUUUCCCUAAUGACUGUAUGAAUAAAAGUGAACUUACUUGAGGCUUUCUCUUCUAAAUCUAAACAAGCUGAUAUUGAAGGUUUGCUUUAUCUUUGGAAGGGCAACUCAUUUUUAUGAUUAGUGAUACUGGGGUGGAUGUAAUAGGAGAGAGAAUCCAGGCAGAUAAGAAUAAAAAGGAAAAUGAUCAUCUCCUUCUAUUACAUUUGCAGAUUCAAGGGGGAGAGAUAGAUGCUGAGAUCAAAAUGACAGUUGUUACUUAUUUUUCCAGGUGCUGUUAGCAUAAACAUUGUUUCCUCUUCACCCCUGCUAACUACCUCUUUAAAGUAUUUCUACCAAACUGUGAACCCAAUCUCAGGGAAAAUAAAUUAAAAAGUAAUAUAAAUUCUGAAUAUAUUGAAAACAAUAUUGUAAUAUGUUAUAAUUUCAGGACCAGAAUUUUCUGGUCUUUACCUACAAGGGUUCUCAUUAUCAAAAAAAAGAACAUUUGUUUUUUUACUUUAUGACUUCAAAGUAAAUAACUGCCCUUUUCAGAAUCUCCUUCCACAAAACAAGCCAACUCUUCCCCAUUCCCUCCAUCUUCCUCUCCAAGUCAUAAUGGAAAUUGUAAGGAGUUUUAAAAAUAGGGUUUGGCUUUUGCAAAUAGAAGAUAUUGAUUAAAGCAAAGUCAAAUAUAGAGUAACAUAAGUUUAAUUUGUUUUCUUGAGACAGGGUCUUCCUCUGUUGCGCAAGCUGGAGUGCAGUAGUGCAAUCACAGCUCACUGAAUCCCCCAGGCCUCAAGCAAUCCUCCCACCUUAGCCUCCCAAGUAGCUGGGACUGGCUUUUUUUUUUUUUUUUGGCGGGGGAGGGGGUCUCAUUGGUCGCUCAGCCUGGUCUCAAACUCCUGGACUUAAGCAGUCCUCCCACCUUGACUUCCACAGUGCUGAGAUUACAGGCAUGAGCCACCACACCUGGCCAAGUUUAAUUUGUUCAUGGCUGAGAACAGUUAGCUCGGGAUACUUACUUAAGAUGUUUUUUGAAUGAGGAAUUCCUUAUUCUGAGUCACGAAUGAGAGCUGAUAGAUGCUUUCUUGAAAAGGGCAAUAUAGUCAUCCCUUGGUAUCCAUGGGGGAUUGGUUCCAGGAACCCAACUGGAUAUCAGAAUCCAUGGGUGCUCAAGUCCCAUUAUAUAGAAUGGGUUAUAUGGUAUUUGCAUAUAACCUACAUACAUCCUCCUGUGUACUUUAAAUCAUCUGAAGAUUACUUACACCUAAUAAAAUACCUACACAUCACUUCAUUUGCAUGGAUUCAACAUAGUGCUUGGUGUUCGGCAAAUUCAAGUUUUGCUUUUUUGGAACUUCGUGGAAUUUUUCUUUUUCUGAAUAUUUUUGAUUGGCAGUUGGUUGAAGCCAUGGAUGCAGAACCCAUGGAUAUGGAGGGCUGACUGUACUUACAUAUCUUUGAGUAACAAACUCUUUGGGGGAAAAGAGGGAAGUGUAUUGAGCAAGAGAAGGCAAGAAACAUCAUUAUAUACUAUUUUGAUUCUGUUACGUGUGUCUGUCUAUAGAUUGUUUCAUUCUAAUCAAGACCUAAGAAGGUAUGAUUCUGUGACUGGUUUAGAAUUCUGGGGUGGAAAUAUCCUAGAACCAUGUUUUUUAAUAAAUUCUGUCUCUUGGAAAGAGUUAACAGCCUGGGAAAGAGUUGUUAUUCCAAAAGUCAGCCUGUUACUUGGUGAAGUUGAAGUUUAAGAGUUCUGGGGAAAAAUAAAAUCUAAUAAUUCCAGCCUA